AUGACUUCUCGCGAUCCGGCGCGACUCCGCCAGGGACUCCUUCCUCUCACGACAACUCCUGGCAUCUACAACAACCAUCUUAAUACGCCUAUAUCUGCCGUGUCCAUGACCUCCAGUCAUUAUCACUCUGCCGCCCAAACGCCUGGCAGCAGUAUACAGCCUUACAAUCCACAAGAAUGGGCUCCUACUCAGGCUGCUGUCGCCGAGCGCGCUGUUCAAUAUGCAGGCGAGGUCCAAGUAUCGCCUAUGCCUCCACCGCCAUAUAGUCCACCUAGAAGUCAGCAACAGCAGCAGCGACCCAUGAGCACAGUAUUUGACUCUACACCAAAUGGGACUCCGACUCCGCCGCCUCGAAUGGGUACGACAAUGCAUCGACCUUCUCCUGAACCUGCCAAUGCAUCCUUUCCUCCUCCUCCAGGCACACGCAACGGUUCACGGGACCGUCGUUUCCUCCCAUCAUUAGGCCGUCGUAGAGAUACCGACAGCUCAAGUACUCCACCACCACCUCCUCAAAAUCAUCGACAAAGCAUGAUAGUGCAAACUUCGUUCCAUCAACCCAGUCCCGAACAUGGAAUUGCAGGAGCCAUGAUGCAUGGUCCCCCAGCGGCCCGGAGAGCCGUUUCUGCAGGAGCUGUGGAAACACCCACAUCUGCUCGCUCACGCUCAACGUCUCAGUCCAGAUGGGAACCAGGCAUGCCUCUACCUCCACCUCCACCUGGACCCCCUCCGCCUUCAUCAAGUAGAUCGCAAAGUGUGCAGUCCAUGGACAGGAACUCAGUCCCAAUCAUAUCCCCUCCUGUAAACAGACGACGACCACCAGCUGGUGUAACUAACCUUGGGCCUGUUCCACCUACGCCUGCGGAUUGGAAUGAGAAUGAAAGCCAAGCAGGCCCUUCGGAUCGAAGGCGAUCGCCAAGCCUGACCAUCGAUACUUCAAUACCAUCUAGCCCGCCUAUCGAGCCUGCUCCUGGCUCUUCAUCAAGUAUCAAUGGGCUAAACCGUCAGAAGGCAGUGCGACAUGACAAAACAAUCUUGCAACGGCGGACCGAGAGUCGAACACGGCAAAGCAUCCGCAGUUCGAUAGACGAACGAACUCGACCAGAUUCUAUGGCAGAUAUCAUGGUACCGAAUUCGACCGAUUUGUCGCGAGCAUCAAUUGGCAAGUCGACGCCUCUUAGCGGUGCAGUUGCAUCACAAGAUUCUCGAAACUCGACCCCCAGAGCCCCAGCUUCAGGAAAGUUGCCUCAAGAAGCCGAAACACCACCAUUCUCUCCCAACGCUUCCAAGCAAGUGCAAUAUGGAAGCAGUUCGAAGGCAGUUGCUCCUAAAGCUCUUCCCACCCCACCUCCACGAUCCGGAUCUGUUGCAUCAGUCUCGAGGGUCCGUGAAUCCUCUAGGCCACCUUCAGCCGGCCUCGUCGUAUCAAAACAUUUGGUGACAACACAGACUGCCGAACAAUUCGCAGAGGGGACGAUUGAUCGAUUUCGCGAGUUUGCUAUCAAGGAAUCUAAGGCCACCAGCGAUGCAGACAGAGUGCGACUAUUCGCCGAUUUUGUUGUCAGCGAGUCGAGAAUCAGACGAGAACGAUAUUCGGUCGCUAUUGGAGCAAUGGGGUCUGAAAUAUUUGAUCUCACACGCGAUCUGUUCCGGCCAAUGGUUACCCAACCAAGGCGAGAUUCAGCUUCUUCACAAGAUCAGUAUACCCCUGGCUUCUCAGAGCCAGGUCAGUCUCGGCGAGGUUCUGCAGGCUCGAAUAUCGGAGAAAGUCCCCAGCCCACUUCCAAAACAGCCAAUGUUCCGACUUCGCCCAGCGGUAAUAACCCACCGAACCUAAAUUGGUCCGGCAACUAUAUGCCCUCGUUGUCACCAAUUCUAAGUAUGAGUGUCAGCGAAAAUUACGAGAACGGGAGCUCCCGAGGUCGACCUCCGAGUCGUUGGUGGGAAUCAGACUCUCAGGGUGAGGCUUCCCACCUAGGAAGAUCGAAGAGGGAGUCCAAAUAUAUGGGCGUGACCAAGACCCAAUGGGUUGAAGAGGAUCGACCUCCUGUAGUAUAUGAAGAACAAGGCUCGGUGUCCGAAUACCCUCCCGAAAAGACAGGCUGGCACGAGCAGUCGGAGCCCAGCCUGACACCGCAACAGUUCGCCUUUGCAACCACCUCCAACAUGGGCUCGAGUCCUUGUUCGACAAUCAACCGCGACCAUCUCGACGUUUCUCGACUCGUUACAAUGCCCCCUCCUUAUCCAAGGCACCACCCUGCUGUUAACAACAAACACCCGGAGUUGACCUCAAUCAGGACUGCGGUACGAGCUCUAAGCCAGCUUGAUGAGUUGACGAAGACGAAAGAACGGUUCUCUGUGGAAAGUUCUAAAAGACGAGAGCAAUUUUCCAAAGCUGCGACAGAGCGCCGUCAAGCUUUGCGGACACAUUUGCAGAAUGAAAUCAACGCCGGCAGCUUGAGCUACGCAGAUGCGGGAACCAUUGACGCCGACGAAAAGGUCAACGAGAUUGCAAAGAAAAAGGAGCUUGAAAAGAACGAAUACGAACUGUUCCAGAAUCAAGUUGUGCUACCUUUGAACGAGUUGUUAACAGGACGUAUUUCACGUGCCACGGAGCUGUUUGACGAUUUAUCCCGACAUUUAUUUGAUAACGGACAGAUCGACGCCGAUAUGCCGCAAGAAGAAGGCGACGAUAGACCAGAACUCUUGGAAAAGUUGACUUUGCUUAAGUGGGUUUUCGAAGCGCGUGAAGGUCUUCAUCGGGCUAUCUAUGAUCUUCUUUCAGAUCGUAAUGGCCGAUACUGCGAGGUUGUAUUGACUCCUUAUCGACUUUCCGGGAAUACCGAGAAACUCAAGUCAGCUGAGGCCUUCUUUGCGGAAGACUCGGCUAAGCGUGAAUAUGCGUUUGCCCACGAAGUUCUGGAACGAACACGAGACUUCCGGGGAGUGGUUGAAAAGGCUGUCGACCAUGGCGUUGCACUGCAGCUGUCGGCGUUUUGGGAUAUUGCGCCUCCGCUUUGCGAGCUAUUGGACAACAUUCCUCUGGAUCUAGAGGGGUUCAACAUUCGAAUUCCAGCGUCUGAGAUUGAAGAAACCCCAUCAUAUAUCGAGCACCCGAUGCAGUACCUGUUUAGUUUGUUGCUUCACGCAGAGAAGAGCACCUACCAGUUCAUCGAGUCGCACACCAAUUUGUUGUGCUUGCUUCAUGAGGUUAAAGAAGCAGUAGUACAUGCUAAAGGGAAAGUGCUCGAAACUCAAACCCAAGAUGAGAAUGGAAACUCAAUCCCCAAGGCCGACAGUAACGCGCGAGCGCAGCAGAUGCGACAGUCGGAGGAACAUAGACUUACCGAAGAUCUAAAGGAGAAGGUCCGCCUUGUGCAAGAUCAAUGGAAGAGCGCCUUAGGUGAAAACAUCACACUCGUCAAGGAACGAUUAGGAGAGUGGCUAUUACAGAUGGGCGGCUGGGACGAGUCGCUAGAAGACGGAGGUGUAGGCGGAGUCUAG